UAAAUGAUUAGCAGUUACACCAGACUCAUAAUUUAUGUUCUUAGAUAUACAAGAUAACAUUUAUAACGGAGGACGAAGUAAAGCAGUGAACAAUAUGUCGACAGUGAAGAUAAAAGAUCUGUCAAUUUUUGUGACGGUGAUGUUAUGUACAUCAGCAGUAAGUGGGUUCUGCCGGUUCCCGUGUCCUAUCCAGGAGAGGACGUUUACCAAUGAAUUUGCAGAUUUGUUUGCACCUAAUCCAUUCGCAGUGCAGGUAUUGAAUGGGUCUGAAGUACUCUCAGAGGAAAACUGCAUAGAAAGAGACGGACAGUUUUCUCUCACCAUAUUUAAAGGCGAAUAUGUCUGUAACAAACAUAUUGAAAUAUGCAACAAUGCGUUUGUUGUCUAUGGAACAAUUCCCCGAAAGUUUAACAGGCGGCCAUCACUGUGUGAAGUAUGUAAAGGUACAUAUAGAGUGGCUGGUCCGGGUCACAUAUGGAGAGCCAAAGACGCUAGCAGGUUAGGCUGUGAAGUUCCUUCACAUUGCCCGUCGACUCCUAACUCAUGUACUGGUUCCGAGAAAGAUAUUCCAGAUGCUGGCCUAAAUUGUAACAUUCAAAGAAAGAAUAACGUUCAAAGAAAUCAUCGUUCUCGUAAAAGUCAAAGGCGUCACUACGGCUAUAGAAAUGCCAAACCUAUUCGAUUUAAUACUAAGAAAUAUAGAUAUGCAAACGGAAAUGACAGACAUCAUGGCUGAUAUUAAUUUGGGUUACGAGUUAUCCAAAAGAUCUCACAAGAAUAAAAGUACAUAAAAAA